AUGGAAACAAAUGAGGAGAAAAGUGUGAGUGUGACUGGGGAUAUGGAAAACAUGGCUAGUGGUUUUGACAAUGCGGCCGCUGAGCACUUGGACAAAACUGUAAUUCAAACAUCGACUCCGCACCCAUCAGCCAAAAUACCACCAUCAGUCAUAACCUCGCAAACAACAGGAACUCAACGUUCACGCAAAUUAACAGCAACUCAACGACUAAAAAUUGAGAUGGACUUUUUGAAGACACAACACGAUCUUCAACAGCAACGCGCAAAAUUAGAAUUCCAGGAGAAGCAGAACGAGAUGCAACGACAACUACAAAUGGCACAACUGGAGGAUUGCAGCAACUACGAAGACUAUGACGACCAAAACGAUGAAAACCAAGCUGAAGGCAAUUGUGAAGACAACGAACACAUUGAUGACAUUGGCGUACAGGCUGCACUUCGAACAAGUUUGUAAACAGAUGGACACGCUCAUACAGAUAGGUGCGUUCUGGGGACGAAGACAAAAUGUGGAAUCCAAAUAGGGCAGUGGACAGCUUGAAGACAGACAACCAUUUGGAGGCGAAAUAUGCAGUACCACUUUGCAGAAAAACGAAGAUAAAUUGCUGGUGACGAUGCGUGA